UUGAGUGCAACCCAAAGUUGCCUUUAUAGGCUAAAUAUUAAUUUUUAUUUACUAAAGUAAACUAGAUUUUCUGUUGUGACAAGUGAAAACAUUUUUGAAGUGAAGAAGAAAAGUGUGUACGUAAUCAUUUCAACAUGGAAAUCUUUCGAUUACAUUUAGGCCUCAUGAUUAAGAUUAAUAUUGUCAUCCUUGGGAACAUUAUGUUAGUUCCUAAUACCUAUUCCCAUAAUAUUAAAGACCCAGCAUCGAGUUCUAAACAACUUCAUCUAUUUGAUCCUCCUCUUAUCAGACCUUAUCCUCCUCAUCUUAUGGCAAAGGAGAUAUUUCAAGCGGGCACAGUGAAAAGCAGCAAUACGAAAAUUAUUUUGUUCUGGAACUUGUUUUACAACCAAACGGACACGACAUUUGGUUUUGGUAAAUCCCCGUUCGUCAAAGCAGGUUGCAAAACCAGCAACUGUUUUGCAACCAACGACCGACAUUUAUUUAAUCAAAGCGACGGAAUCAUUAUUCAUGCUGGCAAUUAUGAAGAAAGCGAUUUGCCUAAACAUCGCUUUCCGCACCAAAGAUUCAUAUUCUUCAGUCAGGAUUCACUUUCUGAUGGUUUUCAGCAAUCGUGUUUUUCGACGCCCCAUUUCUGGAACUGGAGAAUGAGCCAUCGGCGAGACUCAGAUAUUUAUCUUGGUAUGCCCUUUACUUGGUCUUUGAGGAGGCGAAAUAACGAUUUAUCUGCCAUCGUAAACGAUUUUUCUCAGAAGAAAUGUCUUCAAUUGGCGAAGAAAACUAAGCUGAUUGCAUGGUUUGACUCAGAUUGUUUCACGCAGAGCAAGCGAGAAGAAUAUGUUAAAAAGUUAGGCGAGUACAUUCCUGUUGAUAUUUACGGAAAGUGUGACACACCAGUCGAUUGUUCAUCUCGAAACGAUCCUCGUUGCGACGAACGUGUACUACUGGAACAGUACAAGUUUUAUAUCGCUGCAGAGAAUUCCCUCUGUCCCGAUUACAUCACAGGAGAAUUUUACCGUGCUCUUAUCAACAACGUCAUUCCAAUAGUUUAUGGUGGUGCCGAUUACACACAGUACGCUCCUUCUAAUUCGUACAUCAACAUUGCUGACUUUAAAUCGCCAAAGGAUUUUUCCGAGUACCUGCUGUUGCUGAGCAGCAAUGAAGCACUUUACAGCAAAUACUUUCAAUGGAAAAAAGAAUAUGAGCUGAAUUGGAAACCUCCUACUGCUGGUUGGUUUGACCUGUGCGAAAAACUUAACGAUCCGACAGAGAAGAAGAAAAGCUACGAAAAUCUGUCUAAGUGGUGGCACGAUGAUGUUCCUUGUUUCAAAGGAUCGUCUUUUCUAAGUUUAAUCCAAUCAGAGUAAAUUGUAUACAUAUAUGA